AAACCCAUUACUCAGUAGAAAAGACAACAGUUCACAUAUAGUAGUAAUGAUCUCCAUGAACUUAUACCAAUUCUCAACCUUCCUGAUGACGUAUAUGCACAAAAAGGAGAUGUUUAUGGUUUCUAUUAAAAAUGAAAAAAAAAAGAAUCUGUUAACAUGAUGACUCUUUCAAAAUAAUAAUUGUUUAAUCCAAAAAGCAAAAAAUGCAACUAGUCAUACACCUUUCACAAAUACCUUUCAAGCUCUGAUGUGGCAACUCUAAAAAGCAAAUGAGAAUUCUUUAUUUGAAUGAAGUAUCUAACCAUUCAUUUAAUGUUUAUGUAUCUGAACACAAGCCGGUAGUUUCCAAAACCGUUUUCAAAUAGAAGAGAAGAAACAAUGACCUUUUAAAAUAAAGACCAGGUUAUCUUCAUGUGUAUAUAAAAACACGCUUUGCAUGCUUGCUUACUAUAAGUAGGAAGACAAGGUGAGACCCUAAAGUACCAAAACAGAUUCUUGCAAAAAGAAAUGGAGGAAACAAAUAAAAAUGUGCUUGGUGAUUGCUUUACUAGUGCCAUGUCACUCACUGAGUCAGGUGUCCCUCACGUGCCUACCCGUUACAUUCUUCCGCCUUCACAACGACCAGUUCUCAGUCCAAGCAUUGGCACUGGUAGCAUCAAUCUUCCUGUCAUUGAUCUCUCCUUCUUACAUGAUCCUCUGCUUCGACCCAGUGUCAUCCAUGAGAUUGAAAUGGCUUGCAAGGAGUUUGGUUUCUUUCAGGUUACAAACCAUGGAAUAUCAUCAUCGGUGAUGAGAGAUGCACUUGAUGCAGCUACAAGGUUCUUUGACUUACCUUCCCAUGAGAAGAUGCUUCUGGUUUCUGAUGAUGUUCAUACGCCAGUAAGAUAUGGCACCAGCAUCAACCAUGCAACAGACAGUGUUCAUUACUGGAGAGACUUCAUUAAACAUUACUCACACCCUCCCUCAAAGUGGAUUGAUCUCUGGCCAUCCAACCCUCCAUGCUACAAGAAAAAAGUGGGGAAAUACUCAGAAGCAACGCAUGUGUUACACAAGCAAUUAAUGGAAGCUAUCUCAGAAAGUCUAGGCCUCGAGAAAAGUUACUUACAGGAAGAAAUCGAAGAAGGGUCACAAGUCAUGGCGGUGAACUGCUACCCAGCGUGUCCACAACCCGGGAUAGCCUUGGGGAUGCCACCACACUCUGACUUUAGCUCACUGACCAUCUUACUCCAAAGCAGCCAGGGGCUUCAGAUAAAAGACAAAAACAACAACUGGAUCUGUGUGCCGUACAUAGAAGGAGCUCUGAUUGUGCAGCUUGGAGAUCAAGUAGAAGUGAUGAGCAAUGGCAUCUACAGGAGUGUGGUUCAUCGAGUAACAGUGAACAAAGAUGUCAACCGCCUCUCUUUCGCGAGUCUACACAGCUUACCAAUGAACAAGAAGAUAAGUCCAGCACCUCAGCUUGUGAAUGAAGACAAACCAGCUGCUUAUGGAGAUUUCAGCUUUAAUGAUUUUCUUGAGUAUAUCUCAAGAAACGAUCUUACAAAGCAGAGAUUCAUGGAUACAGUUAAGAAAAAUAAGUUCUGAAGAUGGUGUCCGUGAUUGCAAAUUCCCUUUCUGUUGGAUCACUUGGAACCUAAGUAAGUUGAAAAAUGUAUUAAGUAGUGUAAUGUGUUAUGAAACCACUAGGUUAUUACAGAACAUGAGUAAGAUUGUCUGCAAGUGAAAUGUAAUUGUUUAUAUGUUACAUACAAAAAUAAUAAUUACUUGUCAUAAUUGCAAAUGAUUCUCAUUUUUCUCUUGAUAAAUCGUACAAAAAUCCAUAAAAAGUUUUGAA